GCGCCCAGCACAGCUGCUGCGCUUGCCAGCGUUGAGUCCAACCUUUCAGGAGAUCAUCGUCAAGACAGCCGAAGAUCCAAAUGGUCGACUGGUCUUGGGACCAAACGAACCGAUUUUCCUGAGGAGCAUCGAUCCAGCAAAAUCACCUUCCGACGUUGUUUGGACAUUCGCCGCGCCUUGGAGGACGUCCGAUGUUUUCACAUCAGAGGGCUUGUCGGUGCUAGAUGAUUUGACGCAGCUCAUGCCUCAAAUGGCGCGACAAUGUGCCACAACGAGAUCUCACGUUUACUUCGCCGGGGAUGCGAAAUUGCAGGUUGACACACUUACACGAGCCGGCGGUUCUCAGCUCACUACAGCUUGGACGGUUCUCAUCAGCGGAGAGUCCGGUGCAGGCAAGACGGAGACCACAAAGUUUGUGAUGAAGUUUCUAGCCCUUGCAGGAUCUGCCGACGGUCAGGUUACCGAUGUGGAAAAGCAGGUGUUGGAGUCAAAUCCUUUGCUCGAAGCUUUUGGGAAUGCCCGAACCCUCCGGAAUGACAACUCCAGUCGCUUUGGAAAGUUCAUCGAGCUUCAGUCCGGGUCCCGAUUCCACAUCGGUGCUCUGCUGUGGUGUGCGCAUUGCAGGUACAGUGUCAGUUUGCUCAGUCAGCCUCACCUCGGCAUUAGCAUCCCAAUUUCCUUCUAUACACCUUGCACUGUCCCGGUCUCUUAA